AUGGCUUUUUGCCAACUGCACAGACCACCAUUGACGAUCCGGCAAGUUUCAAAGUACGAAGACGGAUACAACACGGAGGCGAUUGCAGCACUUGUGCUAGCUGCACCGCAGAAACCUGAGCGACUGGCAGCACUUGUGCUAGCUGCACCGCAGAAACCUGAGCGACUGGCAGCACUUGGAAAACCUCAUCCGCUUCAACUUGGUGGGGACAGCUACUUCCAUAGGCUUAAAAGUCAAAUCUGUGCAAUGUAUGCCGUCACUAUGAAGAAGAUGUUGUGGGUCCGCAAUCCUAUUUGUGACAAAAGUGAGUACUUACUUCCUGAACGUCGCCGUCUUAUACUUCGCGAGCGAAAAGCUAUGAAGCCGAUUAGCUUUAAUCGAUAUUUCUCGGUAGAACAAAGAGAGUCGCUUGGCCCUUCUUGGUCUUCUGUACAUCCUCUUUAG